AUGGCAUCAACACAACAAGCACUCAUCGUACAAGAGACUGGCAAGCCAGUAGUGAAAGUCACAAGACCUAUUCCUACCCCCAAGGAAAACGAGGUUCUUAUUAAGUCGACAUCUGUUGGAAUAAAUCCCCACGAUUCAAAAGUUCAAGACAAGAAUAUCUUCCAACUUCCCAUUCCUACGACCUUAUGUAACGAUGUUGCCGGUGUAAUCACUGCCAAAGGCGACAACGUCUCUGGCUUCGAACUCGGUGAUCAUGUGUUCGGAUAUCCUAGGUUCGCGAUUGAUGCCGAAGGAUCCCAGCAAUAUGCUCUUCUAGAAGUUGGAUGUUUUGCCAAAGUACCAUCGAACAUCACCGAUGAUCAAGCAGCAACACUUCCAGUAAAUCUAUUUGCUUCUGCUAUAUCAUUCUGGUCUGAUAAAUCCUUUGGAUUUCCAGCUCCAUGGUCAGAAAACAAGACCUUUGAUGCUUCAUCUCAAGCCGUCGUGAUUCUUGGAGGAGGAACCAGCUGCGGAAAAUUCGCCGUCCAACUCGCAAAAAUCACUGGGUUUGGAAAGAUCGUUGUGGUCGCGUCAAAAUCAAACACCGAUGAACUGAAAUCCUAUGGGGCAACCCAUGUUAUCGAUCGUCAUGGUACAGACUCAGAGGUUAAGGCACGUGUCCAAGAGGCUGUCGGCGAUGAAAUCGUUUACGUUUAUGAUCCCGUCAACCUUGAGCACUCAUUUGCCAUUUCUUUGCUAUCUGAGAAGAAGAGAGGUAAGGUCAUAACGUUGUUACGCGUGAAGCCAUCUUCCGGAAACUAUGAUAUUGCUCAGACGCUUGGGAUACCUCAUUUGCAUACAGAAUUCUCUCAGGAAUUCUUCAAGCUAUUGCCAGGCUGGGUAAAAUCUGGAGAGAUCAAGCCGCUCGGCUUCAAAGUUUUGGAAGGUGGUUUGGAUGUAGAUGCAUUCAAUAAGAUAUUGGAUGACCAUCGGGAUGGCAGAAAUCCUGGAAAGUGGCACUUUCAUCCCAAUGCUUGA